AUGACCCUGGGCGCUGUGUCCUCCUCGGAGAGCUCCUCCGCGAUCAGCUUCUGCGCCUGCUGCGGGGAGAAGAUGAUGCCCUACUUCAGCGAGGACGCGGUGGUCAACAAGAACCAGAUCAACCAGCUCAUCAGUGAGAGUUUCCUCACAGUUAAAGGAGCCGCUCUGUUUCUGCCCCGAGGGAACAGUCCGACCCCAAACUCCACACCACCACGCCUCAGCCAGCGCCACAACAAGCACACCGGUGACCUCCAAAAACAUCUCCAGACCAUGUUCACUGUGCUGAGGCCCGAGGACACGAUACGACUGGCCGUGCGUCUGGAGACAGCCUUCCCUCAGGUCACACGUUACAUGGUGGUCGUCUCCACCAACGGUCGUCAGGACACAGAGGAGAGCAUUGUGCUGGGCAUGGACUUCGUUUCCUCCGAUAGCUGCUGCUCUGUGGGCCUCGUGCUGCCUCUGUGGAGCGACACACUGAUCCACCUGGAUGGAGAUGGUGGUUUCAGCGUGUCCACGGUCAACAGAGUUCACGUCUUCAAGCCAGUUUCUGUCCAAGCCAUGUGGUCCGCUUUGCAGUCCCUCCACAAAGCCUGCGAAGUGGCCCGGUGCCAUAACUACUACCCCGGGAGCCUGUUCCUUACGUGGGUCAGUUAUUACCAGAGCAGAAUCUCCUCCAGUCAAGUCUGCGUCAACGAGUGGAACGCUAUGCAAGACGUGGAGUCUCACCGCGCCUCCUCCCCGGUCCUCUUCACUGACCUCCCGACGGAGAGAGAGCGCACGGAGAGGCUAAUCAAGAUGAGACUCCGAGAAAUCAUGAUGCAAAAAGACUUGGAGAAUGUCACCUGCAAAGAGAUCCGCACAGAGCUGGAGAUGCAAAUGGUUUGUAAUUUGCGUGAGUUCAAGGGGUUCAUCGACAACGAGAUGAUCGUAAUCCUGGGACAGAUGGACAGCCCCACGGAGAUUUUUGACCACGUUUUCCUGGGCUCCGAGUGGAACGCUUCUAACCUGGAUGAACUGCAGAACAGUGGAGUGCAAUACAUCCUGAACGUGACCAGGGAGAUUGACAACUUUUUCCCGGGAUUGUUCGAAUACCACAACAUCAGAGUUUACGACGAAGAGGCCACCAACCUGCUGGAAUACUGGAACGAGACCUACAAAUUCAUCACAAAAGCAAAAAAAGCCGGUGGCAAGUGUCUGGUUCACUGUAAGAUGGGCAUCAGCCGCUCGGCCUCCACGGUGAUCGCCUACGCCAUGAAGGAGUACAACUGGGACCUGGACACAGCUCUGGACUACGUCAAAGAUAAACGCUCCAUCACCAAACCCAACCCCUCCUUUAUGAAGCAGCUGGAGGAGUACCAGGGCAUACUGCUGGCCAGCAAACAGCGCCAUAACAAACUCUGGCGUUCCCACUCUGACGGCGACCUCUCAGAUGCAACUACGGGCAAACCAGCGGCGGGCACGCUGAUGCGCUCGGACUCCCACAACAACAGCAGCGGCAGCAUCCUCUCCUCCCCCUCCUCCCCCUCCUUGCACCACUUCCUGCAAGCUCUCGCCUCUGACCCACCGACCUCCUCCUCCUCCUCACCUGGAUCCCAGUCGAGCGACGAGGGCGACCCAGCAAACCACGAAGAGAGCCGUGCACCGGACACACUUCCACUCCCGCAGGCUGCGACAGUUGUGCCCGAAGACGCCGCCGUAACCGUGCCUAUAGCUUUACCUCACCCCCCUCCCUCUGUUCACAUACUCCCAUCCACGCCCAAAAUGCAGCACGCGCAGCUAGCCGGAACGCAUCACGCCAAUCCAGUGCCUAAGCUCUCUCUGGACUUGCCGCGUAAAUGCAGCCUGGAAGACUCAUCCCCGCAGACGUGUGGCUCUACCGAUUCCGAUAUUAGAGAUUUGUCCGAUCUCACAAGCGGAAAAGUGACUCCUAUCAGUCCAGUCGUCUUGGCUCCUGGCAUUUCACCUAACGAAAGCAACGACGACAACAACAACCCAAGUCAUUUGAGCUCUGACGGCGCAAUGGAGGGUCGCGGCGAGGCGGAUGGGUCUUCUACGCACAGCACGGACAGGAUAGACUUCUUCAGCGCACGGGAAAAGUUUUUGGGACUGGCCCAAGACGGAAGGCCGCAGAAGCAAGCGGAGCAAGGGACAAAUUCAACACUGCCCUCACCAACUGCGGAUGAAAACAAAGAACCGGAGGCUAAAGAAGAUGGAAUCACUCAGAAAGAUGACCAUCAGUUUGAAGACUGCUCUCCUCCCGCCGACAACUGCAUAUCAGUCCGCCAUAUCGUCACGGAGAUCGAAGCCAUAACUCACCCAGCGUCUUCCCCUUCAACCAUCACCACCUCCGCCUCCUCCCCCAGUCUACUACUCCUCCUCCCUCCCGCCGAGCCUCACCCAGAGUCCGGGGUGGAACCAGCCCCUAUCAGCCCGCUUCACACCGCUUCCAUGCUGUCCAGCGAGUGGCCGAUCGGAUCCGUGCGGCGUGCGACCAAGCAGCUGGAGCAAAAACUCAAACAGGAGAUGCUGGCCACGAGCCCUCGAUCGCCGCUGCAUUCCCCCAGUAACGAAAGCCCGCUCGCUCGCGCUCUACAAGCAGAUGAAUGCUCAGACGCUCAGGGAGAAGACGAAUUGCCAAAUUGUAGUGACGGAACACACGUUAAAAUGAUAGACACUUCUGACUUUGCUGAUUCGAGCCAAGAUGUAGAGGCAAGACUACGCCAAGCCGGGCUAACCCCGCCUUCGCUAAUGAAACGCUCGGCUUCUUUGGCCAAACUGGACUCACUGGAGCUGUCCGCGAACGACCUGAACCACUUGGACUUAACCUCCCGCACGAAGAUAUUAUCACACUCCAGAAACUCCCAGUUCUACGCCGACGACACCUGGAAGAAAAAGCAGAAAGUCCUGGCGCAUUUGUCAAGAAUUUUACCUCUUUCGUCCAACCAAAACGAGCGAGAUGAGUAUCGGUCUUGUUGCCAAAAAGAGGACGAAUGCGACGGGGUGGAGUUUGCACAUAAACAGGGAAAAGGACAUUCAACUUCAUCCAGGCAUUGUCGCAAAAUAUCCGUGGAUAAAAAGCAUAGAGCUGUCACUGUGCUGUACAAUACAAUGUAA